UGCCUGCGCGCCGAGGAUGGGGCCCUGGAGGUGCUGGCUCGGCACGGCGAGAGCCUGCAGGACAAGUUCGUGGAGAUCCCCUGCUCUGAGGACUACGAGGGCCACAAAAGAUUCGAAGGCUGCACUCCCAGAAAGUGUGGAAGGGGUGUGAGUGAUGCAGUGAUCACAAGGGAAGAAGCUGAAAGGAUCCGUAGAAUAGCAGAGAGGGGACUGUCCUUGGGAGGAUCUGAUGGAGGGGCAUCAAUUUUGGACUUGCAUUCUGGAGCUCUUUCACUGGGGAAGCACUUUGUUAAUCUGUACAGGUACUUUGGGGACAAAGUUCAAGACAUCUUCACAGAAGAGGACUUUGCAUUAUAUCGUGAUGUGAGAAAGAGAAUUCAACAAAAGAUUGCUCAGGCAUUUGGUAUCAGCUCUGCUUCCAUGUACCUGACUAAGCCAACCUUCUUCUCAAGAAUAAACAACACAGAAGCCAAGACAACACAUGAUGAAUACUGGCACCCUCACAUUGACAAGGUAACUUAUGGCUCUUUUGACUACACUUCACUGCUCUAUCUCUCUGACUACACUGAGGACUUUGGAGGUGGACGGUUUAUCUUCAUGGAUGCAGGUUCCAACAAGACAAUAGAGCCCCGAGCAGGCCGGGUUUCCUUUUUCACCUCUGGGUCAGAGAACCUUCAUCGGGUGGAGAAGGUGCACUGGGGCACCCGCUUCGCCAUCACCAUCUCCUUCACCUGCAACCCAGACCAUGGCAUUGGGGAUCCAGUCUUGGUGUAA